UCCAUAGAUCCUGUCGGGCUAAUCCCGUCGCCCGCCGGAGUUCCGCCUGACGCCGCUGCCGCCGGUUCACCCUGCCGGGCUCGCUUCCCCACCAACCUGCUGCUGCCACUUAUUUCAUCCCUACCUCGUGAAGCUACUGUCUUUACUUCCGUCCUCUACUAACUACUUACUACUUAUACUUCAGGUUGUUACACCCUCUAUCUCGAAUCCUCGAAUUUUUCCUCUCUCGUUUACUAAUUAGGGUUUCUCUCUCCUCCCUCGUCGUCUUCGUCGUUGCGAUCGUGGACGCGUCCGCGAGCUACGUGGAGAUCGGAAGCGUCGCCCUCGUCAACCAUGGCGAGGGCUUCGGGAGGCUAGUUGUUAUCGUCGAUGCUAUCGAUCGGAUCCGAGUGCUUGUGAGUUCUCAAUUCCUUAACCGAUUGAGAACAAAUAACACAUAAUGGAGACUGGUGCGAACGAGACCGCACAUCGACCAAAGUGGAAGAAAGUUGCGUACGGAGGAAUGCAGCCAGGGUACGCCGAUAACUACACCGAUGACUCCUUUCUUGAAGAAAUGGUUAUGAAUGCUAAUGUGGUAAAGAGAGAUCUACUAAAGGUGAUGCAGGAUUCUGUUUCCAUUUCCCAGUAUCUCUGCAUUAUUGCGCUCGUGAUUUGCGUUUGGACCUACACAUUGAGUUUGGUCAUUGAUGAGAGCUCUCUCCUCAAACUAGACAUCGGCCUUUUAGCUCUUGGUUUCCUAGUCCUUGUGCUCACCACCAGCCCCCUCUCCUGGGAGCUUCUUUUCAAGUACUUUCUCAACAUUUCUUUCUUCAUUAGCGGGCUUUAUAUUCUAGCACCUAUUUAUCAUACUCUCACCCGGUCAAUCAGUUCCGAUUCCAUAUGGGCACUCACCGUAUCGCUUCUUCUCGUCCAUCUCUUUUUGCACGACUACUCAGGUUCCAAUAUAAGCACCUCUGCAUCUCCGAACAACCUAAAAUUGGCCAAUAACAUCUCUCUAAAUGCAUCGAUAGUAGCAUCAGUCCUCGUGGCCUCUCGUUUGCCAUCGAGGCUUCACGUCUUUGCAAUCAUGCUGUUUUCCCUGCAGGUCUUUCUGUUCGCGCCGCUCAUCACAUCCUGCAUAAGAAGGUAUUCAUUAAGCCUUCAUUUUUGGUUUUCAUUUGCUCUGAUGGGCGUGACCUUGAGCGUCAUGUACCAGUUACAUUGUAUGUUUUUUGUUCUAUUGCUCGCGCUGCUUGUUUUCGUAUCUGUUGUGUGUCCAUACUGGCUUAUUAGGAUUCAGGAAUAUAAGUUUGAGAUCAAUGGUCCAUGGGACGAAGCAAAACUCUGCUUUGAUAUUUCAGAGUGAGUGUGAUUAUUUCUGUCCUUAUUUUAAGCCCAAUUCUUUUCACCUAAAAGAUUAAUGCUUAGCUUUUUGAACAUACAUUA